CUUCUUCCUCAUCCUCUUAUGCUGACCAAGCCGGCCAAAAUUUUCCGACCUAGCUCCGCCAAAAUUUAGCCCACCACAACCUCACCCAUCAAAUAGCAGCCACAACGCUACAUACCUUACUUGUCAACGACUGUAUAUGGAUGCCAUGACGAGAAAUGAUAAAAUGACCCGACUUCCCGACAACGUCAAUUUGCUGAACGAGGCUCACGAGAAUGGACCUGAUGAAACCAUCGAGGAGCGAUGCUUCGCUGCUGCCCUCGUCUGUCUUGAAGGCCAUUACACUCAGUCUCCUCCCAUGGGCCCUCAGACAGCAGCUAAAGUGAGCUCUAUGAUCACAAAAACAUUAGAGAAAACACAUACAAUACGCAAGGCUCGCGAGGCCAUCUCAAGAAAUGUGGCGAUUUGGAUCUGGCUCACAAGAAUUUUUGCAGCUGCCAUACCCAGCCUCACCACACGAUCUGUAGGGCCGUUGUCAAGCCUCAACGAUCCAGAGAAGGGCGUCACUCCUCAGGAGAGCACUGCCUUGAUUGUUAUGAACCAUGCGACAAUUAAGGAGGAUAUAGCGACUCUCAUCAAGCUUAUGCAUAUUGCCAGGAAUCUCCUCGUGAAUGCUGAGCCCGAGGUGCCGCAAGACAUCUGCGCGGCGGUUCACUUUGAUCAAAUGGUAUAUCAGACGAUCAUUCUCUGUGUCAACGUAACGAGUAAGGGCUACGACGGAGAGAUUCUUGAUGAGAACCAGAGAUUAAAGCUCGGUGAUGUCACAGAGCUAUACAAAAAGCUGCUGGUAACGUCGUUACAGCAAGCUCACAACUGGACUGCGAAACACGACAGGAACAAAAUGUCUUUUUGGUUUGACGUCCUAUUUGAUGAUGACGGCGCGCUUUCGGGUCCCGAGGAGAGUCUAGGCGAUGGCUCAGGCUUCCGGCCAGACGUGGCAAAGCGACAGGUCCAGCAUUGGCUCGAUAGGAACUCCAAGCUAUGUGACACUGCCAGGAAGCUGCUCAAAGAUUACGCCCAGAACCAAGCCUCAAAACCACCCGGCAACCUCGCCCCGAUUCGACCUCUGGCUUGGAACUGGCUCCCGGAUGGCUCUGUGGAUGUUCCUGGAGAUGUUGCCAACACUGAGGAGAAGAUCAACCCGGUGUGGAAGCCUGAUGAGACGGACAAAUUCGAACAAGAUCGUGCAUAUGGGCGCGUCUCGAGAGAAGUUGAUACCUGGUGGCUGAACGCCCGUGACCCCAAUUACGAAGAAUGGCUAGUCCUGAUGCCAUCUGUGGAGUUUGCUCAGAGCCGCCUGGAACAUUGCCGCAAUAACCUCGUGCAUCGAUACGCUCACUCUUGUGGAACAGACCACUCUCCGCCGCCAGGUGUUGUUGAGGAGGAAGAGCUCUCGGAACACGAGCAUUGCCAUCACUGUGAACACGAUGAUCAUGAGCAUGAUCAUGAGCACCAUCACGAUCAUCACCACGAUCAUCACCACGAGUGUAACCAUGACCAUGGCCAUGACCAUGACGACCACGACCACGACCACGACCACGACCACGAGGAUGACCAGGAGUGCGUAUGCCAAUGUGAUCACGACCAUGGCCAUGACCAUGACCAUGAUCACCACCAUCACCAUCAUGAUCAUGAUCAUGAGUAUGCUCACGACUACGUGGAGGAUAUCAUGGACGAAGAAGACGCUGAUGAUGACGAAUCUUAUGGAGAGGGGCCACUGACCGGUCUGCUAACUGAAGUGCCCAACAUUUUGGAUCCCAAACAGAUCGAGGCUCUGCACAUGAUUGUCAAGUCAUGCAUUUUGGACAACGCCGGUUCAGGGUUGACUCGAGCAGGCGAGAACCUCCAGAAGACCCGGUGUCGCAUGUUCCUGGCUCUUGAUUGCGGAAAGAGUCUUCUUAGAGAGAUGCUAGUCUUCAUUGCUGUCUGGGAGAAGGAUGAGCAGUCUCUCAUCUUCCAGGUCACUACUCAGAUUGUGGAGGCCCUUCAUCACAGCGCCUUGAUUCCAUAUGCUUGGAACUCGCUGCGUAUCCCCAAGGAUAUCAUCUCGCCCGCUCAGACAGUCCUUCUACGACUUGUCAAUCACAUGUUCAGAGCUCGGAUAAACAACUCAGCUUCUCAGGAGACAAAGGACAAUUCCCGUGACAUCAAGCUUGUUCACUUCUUCUUGAGUUUCUUUCGAAGCCGUAUCGUCCCCGAAUGUGCCGCUCUCAUGCAUCUUCAAGCUCAAAUUCGGGAAGAGAACUGCGACCCUUCCGAGUUUCCUGUGGAUAGUUGGGAUAUGGAACGUGCCAAGGAUGGUUUGGCUCAGUACCUCGACUUUCUCACGACCGUUGCUGAGAUGUUGGACACUCGAGCCAAGCUGAUCGAGUGGGAGGCCAUCUACGAUCUUAUCACGAUCUUGACUGGACUGGAGGCUGGAGUGCCCAAGAAGCCUCUUAUUGAGCUUCCAAAGCGAUCACCCCGGAAUGACAGUGACGGCAACCCUAUGGUUGAGCGACCAUACGCUGCUGCGGAUGAUGGACUUCCCCCAUCACCACCACCUCCUCCUCUACAGGAGCCAGCGCAUAAGUUCCCCUGGUCCGGGAUCAAAGGACAAAUCUUUACCAUCAUCGCCACUCUCUUACAGCCACCUCAAGGUCAGAGCAGCCCUGGAAACCCUGAUGUGCAGAUGCAGAUGGUCAAGUACAACGGAAUCGUGCCUCUUCUCAACUGCUGCGCCUACGACGACCACAACCCAUAUGCCAAGGAGCGAGUGACGAUUUGUCUCAAGUGGUUGCUGGACGGCUGCGAGGCUGCUAACAACUUCUUCCGUGAACUUGUCAACCUCUCGCCACCACCUAACCUUCGGCCUGCCCCUGGCGGUACCACCGUGUCAACGAUAAGAGUUGAUGGCAUCCAAGGCGAAGUCAAGGUGCAGGUCCGCUCGAGUACGUCCGCACCAGGCGAACAGGAGACUAAUGACAUUGUGGACGGAGCUGGCAGGAUUGAUCUCAACCGACCCAGUGGACGAGGUAGCAUUGAAGAUGAUUUUAUGGCAUAAAUGCCUAGAUAUUUGACAUGAGAAACAUGAGAGAACUUUCACAUGGUAUGGAGGUUAGCAUAGCGUAGGGUGUCUGGAAAUGACUGGAUAAAAGGGUGGACUUUGGCAUUUGUGAAACCUCUUAAUCAGAGGAGUUUAACUCAAGGGAUGAGGUUUUUGACCGAGUUUCUGAUUUCUGUAUACGGCUGGAGUUUGGGCAAAUACGUAAAAGUUGUGCUUGUUAGGGAUACCUGGGUUUGGACUUUGCAUAGAAUCAUUGUGAGCAAAAGUCAAGCUCUUGAUUUGUUGGUCUUUCGUCAUGUUGGACAAGUAUUACACAGAAUAUUAAGCACAGUUCAGAUGAAACACCACAUAUCCCCAUCCAAUCAUGAUGAGUAUGGCAGAAGCCUUUGGGUC